AUGAAGACUUUAAUUCUCCUGGCUUUAGUUGCCUUCGUAGCUGCGGAAUCGCAGUAUUAUGUACUGGAAAAAUUAGACAUGGACGAGUUAGUGAAAAAUUUGGAAGAGUUAAAGAUAUUUACGAAUUGCCUGCUUGAAAAAAUUCCUUGCAACAAAGUGCAUGAAAGCUAUAGAGCCAAAACAUUAGAAGCUGUACAGGAAGCAUGCAAGCAAUGUGACCGUCACACCAAACACAUGUUCUGGCAAUACCUUCAAGCUCUUAAAGCAGAUUUACCCAAAGAAUACAUCGAGUUUAGAAACAAAUAUGACCCCGAAAACAAAUACUUCGAUAUCCAUGAGGCUGAAAUGAAUAAAUACGCGAUCGAAUAA